GGGUUCACAUCAGCCACCACUCUCGCUUCGGAGCACGGGGUGCUCUCCUCAGGAGCUCCGCUUCUGCUUCUGCAGCCAAGCAUUCUUGCUGCUGCUGCCUGCCUGCCCACCGCCUGGGCUUGCAGCGCGCCACUUUACUUUCUCCAGCCCUGCUGCCACCUGAGAAGUCUCCCUGCAGCUGCUGGUUCCUGCCUAGGACCAUGUGUGUGGAUGCUGCUUCGGAGAAGCGGGCACUUGCUCCUGGCACUGAUCCCAGCUGAGUUUUUCCUCUUGAUUUCUGGACCACAGAUGCUGUUGCUGAGGAGGUAUUUCCUGGAAUCCCUCUCCCUCUAUCGCCAGCUAAGGACUGGCCCCAACACAAGGCAGGCAAGUGUCAGGAUGGGCCGCGCUGCGAGAAGGCGACGCUAGCGAGCGAGGUGUGAAGAGUUGGCCAGAAUGACCAACUCCUCCUCCACGUCCACCUCCUCCACCACCGGGGGAUCGCUGCUGCUGCUCUGCGAGGAAGAGGAGUCGUGGGCGGGCCGGCGCAUCCCUGUGUCCCUCCUGUACUCGGGCCUGGCCAUCGGCGGUACUCUGGCCAACGGCAUGGUCAUCUAUCUCGUAUCCUCCUUCCGAAAGCUGCAGACCACCAGCAACGCCUUCAUCGUGAACGGCUGCGCCGCCGACCUCAGCGUCUGCGCCCUCUGGAUGCCGCAGGAGGCGGUGCUCGGGCUCCUGCCCGCCGGCUCUGCGGAGCCCCCCGGGGAGUGGGACGGCGCCGGGGGCAGCUACCGCCUGCUGCGGGGCGGGCUGCUGGGCCUCGGGCUCACGGUGUCCCUCUUGUCCCACUGCCUCGUGGCCCUGAACCGCUACCUGCUCAUCACCCGGGCGCCCGCCACCUACCAGGCUCUGUACCAGCGGCGCCACACAGCGGGCAUGCUGGCGCUGUCCUGGGCGCUCGCCCUGGGCCUCGUGCUGCUGCUGCCGCCCUGGGCGCCGCGGCCCGGGGCUGCGCCGCCGCGCGUGCACUACCCGGCACUGCUGGCCGCCGCGGCGCUGCUGGCGCAGACGGCGCUGCUGCUGCACUGCUACCUGGGCAUCGUGCGCCGCGUGCGCGUCAGCGUCAAGCGGGUCAGCGUGCUCAACUUCCACCUGCUGCACCAGCUGCCGGGCUGCGCCGCCGCCGCCGCCGCCUUCCCGGGCGCCCCGCACGCGUCGGGCCCCGGCGGCGCCGCGCACCCCGCGCAGGCCCAGCCCCUGCCGCCCGCGCUGCACCCGCGGCGGGCGCAGCGGCGUCUCAGCGGGCUGUCGGUGCUGCUGCUCUGCUGCGUCUUCCUGCUGGCCACGCAGCCGCUGGUGUGGGUGAGCCUGGCUAGCGGCUUCUCGCUGCCCGUGCCCUGGGGCGUGCAGGCGGCCAGCUGGCUGCUGUGCUGCGCCCUGUGCGCGCUCAACCCGCUGCUCUACACGUGGAGGAACGAGGAGUUCCGCCGCUCCGUGCGCUCCGUCCUGCCCGGCGUCGGCGACGCGGCGGCCGCCGCCGUCGCGGCCACGGCUGUGCCCGCCGUGUCUCAGGCGCAGCUGGGCACCCGCGCCGCCGGCCAGCACUGGUGACCCCGCCAGGGCCCGGCUUCCAACGUCUUUGGUCACCAUCUCCUCCUUGCCUCCUAAGUUAUCCCCUGCCCGAACGAAGACUCCCGCCGCAAAGCCAAAAAACCGGGGCAAAGAUUUUGCCUUCGACCCCAGUGGUGUGCCUGAACCGAGGCCUCUCCAUAAAUGGGGUCCCCGAAGUCAUUUGGGACGGCCACCUGAUUUGUACCCUUUGUUUCUGUGUUUUAGAGAAAUCCUAAAGUCAAAACACCAGAGACUUCAAGAACUUGCAAACUGACGUUUUAAAAUAACCGGUUAAUUUAUUUCAACACAGUUUGUUUUUGAAAAAGAGCUUUCAAAGAGCUUUUAGCAUAUAACCCUUCCUACCUUCGUUGUCUUAUAUAUGAAGCGCCUUGAGUGUGCAUGAGCCAAAGGAAAUAGUAUUGAGGAAGGAAAUAAUAUAUAGGAGGUAUUUUAGAAAGUAACCUGUCCUUGAUGAUGCUUAUGUUACAAUUUAGUCUUUUGUUAACCUGGAGGAGUGAAGCUACAGAAGUGCACACCAGUAUGAGUUUCCAUUAAGACCUUAAGCCCUUUAUUCUUAAAAGGGUUUUUAUAAAGUCAUUCUCGAAUGCGAUAGAAUCUUAGCCAGUGAGAGAAAAAAAUCAUUUUACACUCCCUUUAUUGCACUCAUAAGAUGGGGAAUUGGCAUUGAGUGUUAACAUGAAACAUUUGCAGUUAGAUAAUUGAUGAUCUGAGCCAGCACUUGAAUUUUGAAAGUAAAUAAGGAAGUUAUCUAUUUUAGGUGCCAGUUUCACAUUCUCUAUAGCAUGCACACUUGUUGCUACCCUCAUUUCGUAACCAGUUUAUUUGCCUUAUGAGUGUGAUUGCAGCUUUGAACAUUCUGUACUAUAAUGGUUGCUAAGGAGAAUAAGUCCUUCUGUUUUCUCUUUAACAUUUAAAAUAUCUCAAUGCACAUGAUAUAAUUAAACACUAGUAAUACCAUGACUGUAUAGCUAAUAUUAGCUGCUAUUGCAUGCUCCUCGAUGCUAGAAUUUAUUGGGCAUGUGGUAUGCUAAAGCAAUACCCAUCAGACAAGGACAUUUUACUUCCUCCAGACACCAGAAGAAAUGGCCUUCAAUUAUUUGAAAAGAGACACGGAGACACCUCUGGGUAUGUAGAGUUCUUGUCUUGGCCCAAUUUAUGAGAAAACUCCCAGUUGGGACUUUAUCUUGCAAAUGGGAUCACAGUCAAGAUGGAUCUGCAAAGCCAGCUGUGCUCUUUUAGGGUUUAAACAAGCCACACAUUAGAAAGCAACACUGUUUUUGUGUAGUUCAUAUAUAUUACCAUGACAUUUACAUUAAUAUUGUGUCUGUUGAAGGAGUAUAAUAAACUCAGUUAUAUAUAAUGAACGGUUCAAAUGGGAAUCUGUUCUCAAUGUAUUAUUUGAGGUUUGUCAUUUUCAUCUUCGGUUUACUAAAUUUAUCUAGAAAUAUCUGAAAUUCAAUAUUGUGUAAAAUCACCUUAUAAAAAUAAAAUGGGACGAAAGUGAUUUUAACAAUCAUAUGUCAGCAUUCUGACUGCUAACUACAUCAAAUCUGGGCCCAAACAGCCAUAAUUAACUGCAUAAUUCAGGAAUAAAACCAGUUUGCUUUGUUGCCCUCCUGGACAGUUUAAGCCAGGAUAUUAGGAACGCUUGUGCAUUUGAAUAAUUAUGGGAACUGCAGGAAAUUUUGACUUGUUUUUAGUAAAACAAAACAGAACAAAUAUGUUCAUCACCAAUAAUAGAUCAGCAGCCAUUUUAUUAAUCUAUCCUCUUUGUGCAUGUACCAUUUCUCUCUUACUAAAGUUUCAUCUUUUCCCAUUUUCUUUGAUUCAAAUAUUUAAUUAAAGUUCA